CGGCCCUGGCAGCGCGGCGAUGAUGAAGGAGGCGGCCGCGGCCGCGGCCGCCGUGGCCGGUUUCCUGGCCAAGCUCUGGGCCCUGGUGGAGGAUUCCGGCAGCGAUGACGUCAUCCGCUGGAGCCAGAAUGGCCAGAACUUCUGCAUUCUGGAUGAGCAGAGAUUUGCGAAGGAGCUCCUUCCUAAAUACUUCAAACACAACAACCUCUCAAGCUUCAUACGUCAACUCAACAUGUACGGAUUCAGGAAGGUGAUUGCACUGGAGAAUGGCAUGAUUAUGGCAGAGAAGAGCUCAGUCAUUGAGUUCCAGCAUCCUUACUUCAAACAAGGGAAAGCGCACUUACUAGAAAACAUCAAACGCAAGGCAUCUUCAAUGAGAACAGAGGAUCUCAAAGUCUGUACGGAAGAUUUGCAUAAGGUGCUGUCUGAAGUUCAAGAAAUGAGAGAGCAACAGAAUAACAUGGAUGUCAGACUGGCUAAUAUGAAGAGAGAAAAUAAGGCCUUGUGGAAGGAAGUGGCAGUUCUAAGGCAGAAGCACAGUCAACAACAGAAGCUGCUGUCUAAGAUCCUACAAUUUAUCCUAAGUUUGAUGAGAGGAAAUUAUAUUGUGGGAGUGAAGAGGAAAAGGUCUUUGACAGAUGCUUCAGGUGCUUCACCUUCCAAAUACAGCUGUCAAUAUGUUCGCAUACCUGUGGAGAAUGGUGAAACACAGGUAGCUAUUUCUGGACAUACCUCAGACAGUGAGGAUGAUAAUGGUAAGGGCAUCAUCAUUCGAGAUGUCACCAACACUCUGGACAGUGCCACAGAAGGGUUGCUUGCAGUAGAGCACACGAGUGGAAAUGAUGGAGAGACCCAAGCAGUUCAACAGUCAGACUCAACUGCCCAGGAAGCAUCACCGUCUGUUGAGUUCCAUCCUGUGGAACCACAUUGUCCAGUUCAGGUCAUUGACAAUGGCAGCAAAUCUUGUGAAAUAGAAAAGGAUGUGGUAGAGUUGUAUGCUCCACAGACUAAUUCUCCAGAAGACCCUGCUUCCAUGAUAGAGUCUAUCUUGAAUGAGAGCAGCUCUGCAACCCAAAGUGAUAGUCUGUUGGACAGGGAAGAGAUUCAGGAUUUCCUGAAUUGUAUUGAUGCCAGCCUUGAGGAGCUCCAAGCAAUGCUAUCUGGGAAGAAAUUUAAUUUUGGCUCUGAAUCAUAUAUCGAUACCUGCAAUCCAGAACUUCUAGGCUUGGAUGCGAAUUUGAUGGAUGCUUCCUCCAGUGCAGAGAAUCUUGAGAAAUUGCCCGACAGCACUGAAGAGCUAGCAGCAACUGAGGGGGAAACAUCAGGAAACAAAGACAUGCAGGUGAUACAGUACAGGGGCAAUCCUUUGCUUUCGUUUCUCGAAGAAUUGCCUUCAAUUGAAAGUUCAGGAAAGAUGGAGGAUCCUAAAGAUCUCCUUCUAACCCCGUUGGAGGAGAAACCCAUGAUUUCUCUUUCCUCAAGUAGUGAAAUAGCCUCCUCAGUGGGAGCUCCAGCAAACCAAGCCGAGCCUCCAGAUAUACUGGGAAUGGGUGACCAGCCCUUGCUCUCAGAAGAUGCAAAUGGGGAGUAUAAACUGUUCCCACUCUUACUCCUCAGUCCUGUUGCUAACUUUAUAGAAGAGGCCUCAGAGAUAGAAACUACUUGAACGUGGAAAAACCUUCCUAAACUCAGCUUCCUGCCAUAAAAUGUGCAGAAAUGGUACAAGAAUCAGCAAGAAGCUUUGUCACCCUCUUCUACUCCCCCUCCCACCAUCCUCCUGGGCCUGGUAGUCUACAAAAACAUUGGAAGGACUUUAUUCCUGCAAUCCAGGAAGAAAGAUGGAAGCAAGCGUAAGACAAGAGCUGCACAGCACUGAAGGUACCACAGGGAGAUGAUCAAACUCCACAUAAAUACAACUUUUUUUAUACAAUGAUUUCAUUGCAAGAAAGAAUCUUUAUUCCAUUGUAAAGAUUAGCAAUUUUUAGCUGGCCAGUAACACAGUAUGGAGUAUUGUAACCUGGCCUGUACUAUCUUCAGAGCCUAUUUCAUUAGGGGACUUGUCUACUAAGCCGGGAGAUGCUUCUUUUAUUAAGUCUGGAUUGGAUUGUUUGCUUCUGUCUAGGGCCCUUUUUCCUACUCCUGGAUUUGCUCCUGGGCUUUUUAAUAUAGACAACACUUCUUUUCCUAUGGAAAAUGGUAUUUUUUAACAUGGUGUAUUACUUUAGGGCAUGCUGAUGGCUGUUCAUUGCUACAGUUAUAAAUGUUUUGUUGGUUCUGCACUUUACCUAAAGCUUAUUUCUCAUGCACACUGCAUGAAGAGUUCUCUGGCAUAACUUGCAUAUAAGUGACCUGCAUGUAUGUUCUCCUUAAGCAAGGAUUUUACCAGUCUGGGAGACACUGGACAAAAUCCAGCAACUGUCCUUGCUAUGCAAAAAGCGUGCUUUUUGCAAGACAAAUGUUUUUAUGCCCCUUGCAGCUCACUUGGACAAACCAGAAACAGCUGCACGAUGUUGAUCUUUGUUAUCAUAGAACAUCUCCUCAAUGCUCCUCUCUUCUACCUGCAAUAUCCUCUUGUUCACAUGGUGCUCUGAAACACUGGGCCCGAUUUUUGCACUCUGCCUUAGCCAAAGAACUCCCUGUGGUGAAACUGGCAAAUUCGUGGAACCACUUCCCGCUCCAUUAUUUAAAAAAGAAAAAAAGGCUUAUCCUAUAAAAUCGCUUCCAUCUGAGCACAAAAACAACAUUUCUGUACUGCGUGGCAAGCUGUUGUCCCUAAGCAACUCUGGAAAGUCAGUGUGUAUUAGUGCCAUAACAUGUUAGGACUGGGUUUGAUGCACAGUCCUGUAGUUAGGCUUGUAAUAUCCUGCACUUGGAGCUUGUGAUGCAGAGUAAUAGUGAGUUCGUUGCAGGAGCUGAGCAAAGACUUACUUCUGUAAUAUUACAGAAUUACCAGUUUCACCCACAGGAUUGCUAUGAAAUAUUUUUAUUUCAUCUUAAACUGUCAAGAACCCAGGUCACCUUAAUUGAAACAUGGAACGGCUAGCAAGACUAACUUGAGUAGGUGCAAAAUGAAUCUAUCUGGAACAAUGCAAGUUACAUGUUGGGUGUGUGGGGAACCUUGUUUAUGUUCGUUUUGUUGCUGGGUCUUUGAGUUAACAAGAAGAGCAAUGUUUCUAGUGUGUGUUGUGCAUGUGCAUACCCUCAGUGUUGCUGAGUUAAUUAUUUCAGUAUUUUUGUAAUGUGUCCUUUACUUAUAUUCUUUUUCAUGUUUUAUAUUUUUAAUUGCUGUCUCUUUAAAUAUGCGGUGUCCCAGGCAGGCUUGUUGUUUUUUAAGGGAGAGUGAAAUGGUCUACAGCCUUUUAGUUGAACUUUAGAAGCAGGUGGGUGGGGGAAGGAGUAUGUGCAUGUUGUAGCUUCGUGCUAUUUUUUUGUAAUACAUUAAUUUGUUCUGCAGGAGCAAUGCAGCAUAGACCAGAUUUUUCUGGUGCUGUUUCAAACCAAUUCCAAAUGACACAAAUCAGGAAGUGUCUGGUCUUGUAUCAUUUCUGAUCUAAGCAAGGUUGAUUUAAAUAGCUGCACUUUCUGCUACUGUCUUUAUUUUUUAUUUUUUCCCCUUUUUUGGUGAGGUGCUGUUUUCUUUCAUUUUUUUCUGGACUCAUUAGCUGAACCUAGCCGCUUUCCACAUCACUGCAAACAUUUUUUUUUGUCUUGUGUCGGUUUCUUCCACCCCUUCCCCCUCUUUUUUUUAAGAACAUGCUUAACAAGCUAGAACACCUAUGUUAAAAAGGAAAUGGAAACUGCUGAUGAUGUUUUGUUCAUGAUCAUGUUUUGGAAAUGUAUAUGCUUCCUGACAUCAGCAUAUUCUAGAUGGGAGGUUGGGCAAUGAGGAGGCACACGCAUUGAAGUAAUUAAAUUCCAGGAUUGUAAAAUCA